AUGAAUGUGGACCCUCCUCUCGAAAAUAUUUUCGAGAAUCAAAAACACCCAAAUUUGGAAAGGGCUUUGCUUGUUUGGUUUCGAAAGAUGAGAAGCUUAAACAUUCCAAUUGAUGGAAAUGUACUUAAAGAACAAGCACACUUUUUUGCUUCCAAAUUAAACAUCAAAGAUUUUAAAGCAUCGGAUGGUUGGUUACAGAAAUUUAAAUUUCGGAAUGGUUUGAGUUUCCGGAAAGUGUGUGGUGAAAGUGCAGCAGUAGACACGUCAUCAGCAAAUGAAUGGAAAGAAGAAAAGUUGAAAUUGCUUCUUUCUGAAUACGCUGCAGAUGCUGCAGAUGACGUUUUUAAUGCGGACGAAACGGCUUUGUUUUUUAAGAUUUUGCCAGAAAGAACAUUAGCUUACAAAGGAGAUAAAUGUGUUGGAGGUAAUAAAGCUAAAGAGAGACUUACAGUUUUGAUUGCAGCCAACAUGACUGGGUCACAAAAAUUGCCUCUGCUCUUUAUUGGAAAAUAUCUGAAACCAAGGUGUUUCAAAAAUGUUCAGAAGAUUCCUGCUGCAUAUUAUGCUAAUAAUAAGGCCUGGAUGACUGGCAACAUCUACGAAAAAUGGUUGAGAGAUUUAGAUAACCGUUUUUCAGCAGAGAAGCGCAAAGUUCUCCUAAUCGUGGACAAUUGUACUGCACACAUGGAAGUCACUGGGCUUCAGGCAAUCCGUGUGGAAUAUCUCCCACCAAAUGCAACUGCAGUUUUACAGCCAAUGGAUCAGGGGAUAAUCAAUAGUUUCAAGCGAAAAUAUAAGACAGUGCUCUUGCAAAGAGUAAUCCUUGGCUUGGAAAGGGAACAACCUUAUCAGAUUGAUAUUCUUGGUGCAAUGCAUUUAUCAAUCAGUGCAUGGAAUGAUGUUUUAGAUGAAACAAUUUCUAAAGCCUUUCGACAUGCAGGUUUUAUUAAAGAAACAGACGUAACUGAAGAAAUCCAUGACAAUAGAUCUCACGACGAAGAUGAGGUUCUCAUGCAUGAACUUCGCCGUAGAAAUCCACAGUUGCCAGAACUUUCAUUCGAGGAUUUUUUAAAUGUGGAUUCUAAUGUCAUCUGCACGGAGGAAAUAUCGGAUCACGAUAUUAUUAGCAGCAUAAUCAACGAGAAUGAGAGACUUUCAGAUCCAGAAGAAGAAGAAGAAGAAGAAAAUGAAGUAACACCAAGACCGACUUUAAAACAAGCUGCUGAAUACUUGUCAGAACUUAGACGAUUUUUUGAGGCCAGUGAUAAUUGUGAAAUGCUAACAAAUAUAGAGAAGAUGGAGUCUUGCAUUGUACAAUCUGUUGUUUUAAAACAGACAAAGAUAAGUGAUUAUUUUGUUGCUCAAUGA